AUGGCAGACAGUCUCUCAGCAAUUUAUGGAGCUCGUAGUUAUAUGCAGAGAUCAGAAGAUCCCAAAUAUGGAGAAAAACUUGUUCAAGAAUACUUGGACAUCAUCAACACACCUAUUGGCGGUACCAGUGAUAACUUUCGAUUGCCUCAAAAUAAGAACAAGAAUCGUAGCUUGGAAUACCCAUGCUGGGACAUUUCUCGGGUGGUUUUGAAGUCUUAUCAUGAUUCAGACUACAUUAACGCCAGUUAUGUGAGGGGAUAUGACUUCAGCUGCAAAUUUAUUGCAACACAGGAACCAAUGACCACCACUUUUGAUGAUUUCUGGAGUAUGGUCUGGCAGGAGAACUCUCGGGUGAUUGUCAUGCUGAACGGUACCAAGUCGGAAACACCAAGUGUUCAGUACUUCCCUUCGAACCAAGAUCAUAUCAUAUUGAAGGAAUUUAUCAUCAAGACAGAAAGCAUCAGGAUGAAGCCCCAGUACAUCGGGACAAAAUUGACUGUUAUCCACAAACAGACGGGAGAUUCAAGGACAAUGCACCACUUCAAGUAUUUGGAAUGGUUAGAAAAUGCUAUUCCAGACCCACAAUUGUUUCUUGAGUUCCUGCUAGCCGUCAAUACGCAAGAGCAGCAGUAUUUAGUAGAAGCGAUGCAGGCUAAUCAGUCACUACCUGGUCCAAUUGUCGUGCACAGUGACCUCGGUAUUGGAAGGACUGCAGCAUAUUGUGUCAUUGACAUGUGCCUGUACCAUUUAGUACACACUGCGUCAGUUUCAGUUCCAAUGACAGUUUUGAAAGUAAGACAGCAACGAAAUUUCAGCAUUCAAACUCCAAUUCAUUACUUUUUUAUAAAUAAUAUUUUGCUUUACUUUCUGGCUACCAUUAAAACAGACAAAACAAUGUACCUCCAGUUUCGCUUACACUUCACCAAGAAAGACUUGCAUUUGUUAUCAUUAAAUUAA